UUUAAAUUCAAUAUAAAUCCUCUCUCUGAUUGUCUCUCCUCGUCUUCUCCGAUCUCUGGAUCUAGGGUUUUGUUUCUUUUCUCUCUCUCUCUCUCUCUCUCUCUCGCUCUCGCUCUCGCUCGUCUUCUUCACUGUCAAGUCUCAACAGAACUCGUCUGGUUUUGUGUCUGAAAAUUCUCUCUCUCUCUAGAGAUUCAAAGAUCUUAAUUUUGUUCGAUCAUUCCAGAGAUCACUUUCUGAGAUUUUGAGUUUCUGGGUCUGUUCGUAUCGAUUAGAAUCAAUCAGGGAAAGAUUAAAGUCGAUAACUUUGAAGAAGAUGACGCAACAAAACCAAGUGAAGAAGGACGCGAAAGAGAUGGACUUUUUCACAGAGUACGGCGACUCCAACCGGUACCGAAUCCUCGAAGUCAUCGGCAGAGGAAGCUACGGAGUGGUGUGCGCGGCCGUGGACACGCACACCGGAGAGAAAGUCGCUAUCAAGAAGAUCAACAACGUCUUCGAACACAUCUCCGACGCCCUCCGUAUGCUCCGCGAGGUGAAGCUUCUGAGGCUCCUGAGGCAUCCGGACAUAGUGGAGAUCAAAAGCAUCAUGCUCCCUCCUUCCAAGAGAGAGUUCAGAGACAUCUACGUCGUGUUUGAACUCAUGGAGUCUGAUCUUCACCAGGUUAUCAAAGCUAACGAUGAUUUGACUAAGGAGCAUCAUCAGUUUUUUCUGUAUCAGAUGCUUCGUGCGUUGAAGUUCAUGCACACAGCUAAUGUGUAUCAUCGUGAUCUUAAGCCGAAGAAUAUACUGGCUAAUGCGAACUGCAAGUUGAAAGUUUGUGACUUUGGAUUGGCUAGAGUGGCGUUCGAUGAUACUCCCACAACAGUCUUUUGGACGGACUAUGUUGCAACAAGAUGGUACAGAGCGCCUGAGCUCUGUGGAUCAUUCUUUUCUAAGUACACUCCAGCUAUAGAUAUUUGGAGCAUUGGGUGCAUCUUUGCAGAGGUACUAACAGGGAAGCCAUUGUUUCCGGGGAAAAGCGUUGCUCAUCAGUUGGAGUUGAUUACUGAUCUUCUUGGCACACCCAAAUCAGACACCAUCUCUGGAGUUAGAAAUGAUAAAGCUAGAAAAUACUUGAGUGAAAUGAGGAAGAAAGAUCCAGUGACCUUCUCUCAAAAAUUCUCCAAAGCAGAUCCUUUAGCAGUCAGACUCUUGCAGAGGCUAUUGGCUUUUGAUCCAAAGGAUAGACCCACUGCUGAAGAGGCAUUGGCUGAUCCUUACUUUAAGGGUCUUGCUAAGAUUGAAAGAGAACCAUCGUGUCAGCCAAUCUCGAAGAUGGAGUUCGAGUUUGAGAGAAGAAGGUUGACAAAGGAUGAUAUUAGGGAACUUAUUUACAGGGAGAUAUUGGAGUACCAUCCUCAGUUGCUCAAGGACUAUAUCAGCGGUUCUGAGGGUUCCAGUUUUGUAUAUCCUAGCGCCAUAGGACAUCUUAGGAAGCAGUUCAAUUACUUAGAGGAGAAUAGCAGUAGAAAUGGGCCGGUUAUACCUCCAGAGAGGAAGCACGUCUCACUUCCUCGGUCUACAGUUCACUCAAGUGUAGUCCAUUCCACUAGCCAACCCAACUUGUGUGCAACGGAGAGUAGACGUGUUCAUUUCGAGCAGCCUUCAAGAAAUGGAGCAGGACCUCCACCAAGAGUACCACCACCAUCUGGUAGACCAUCUGCAUGUUAUGAGAAUGGCAGGAACCUCAAAGAAGCUUAUUUCAGAAGCACAGUAUCAUCUCCUCACUGUUAUUUCAAAUCAAACACCAUGAUGAGCACACCAGAUAAAGCUUCUUCUCACCCCAAGCCGCAAUACAAUCACACCGUGCCGCAACCACCUGCUAGGACUAACCAACCAAACGUCGAUACUAUUAUGAACCGCCCAAACCCUUAUUUCCAGUCACAGCAUCCCAAGAUUGACCAAUCAAGCAACAACAACAACACACAUAUGGCCAUUGAUCUGUUGCAAGCACAAACACAGUUUGGUCCAGCUGGAGCCGCAGCGGUUGCAGUAGCAGCACACCGGAACGUAGUAGGCACAGUCAGUUACGGUGCAGCGUCAUAGACUCGUCAAUCAAACAACAAUUCGAGACAGAUCUUUAACCAAAACCAGGUGAUUCCGGCACUAGCUUUUUUCAUGUAAAGUAUUGUUAUUCAGGCAGGCUCUGAUUCUAUGUAAUAAAGACAUUUCAGAUGUAGUAACUCAGAAGAACAAGGUUCGGUUUAAUUAGAUCAGUCUGAUCCAGGGUUUUUACCUGUUA